AUGAGGGGUGAAGUAAUGGGCUACGACAUACACUACGAAGUUGGAAGAGGAGGUUUUGGAACAGUGUAUAAGGUAAGAAAAAAAGUGGACUAUAAAACUUAUGCACUAAAAAUAGAAAACAAUACAGCGAGAACCCGAAGGAGAGCCAUGGUCGACGAAAUACAGGCCUAUAGGGAGCUUCAGGGUUGUGAUGGAAUCCCGCAUCUUGUGGACUAUGGUUUUUAUAAGGGCCUGGCUUUUCUUGUCCUCCCUCUCUUUAGAUAUUCAUUGAAGGACGUCCUAGAAAGAAAUCCAAAAUUCUUCACAAGGAAAUCAGCCACAAUCCUUGGAAAGAAGCUUCUUAGCAUCAUCGAGUUGAUACACGGGAGAGGAAGACUAUAUAGGGAUAUCAAGCCUGAGAACAUCAUGUUUGAUCACAAUAAUAAGAUAUAUCUCAUAGAUUUUGGCAUGUCUAUGCCCUACCUCGAGGACAAUGGAGAUCACAUCCCUGAGCUAAGGGGAAGAAGUAUUUCGGGAACUCUCUGGUAUAUGUCGAUAAACACUCAUAAAGGAGUGGAGCAAUCCAGAAGAGACGAUAUUGAAAGUUUGUUUUAUCUUUUGAUCCUUCUCUAUAAGUCAGAAUUGCCAUGGGUUGAAGUUGGAAUUUCCAUGUCAAAAAGACAGAAAACGAAAACUCAAAAGGUAAAAGAAAGUCUAUCCAUUCAUGAGUUAUGCGAUGGGAUAAGCGGAAAGGAGCAUCUUAUAAAAUUCUUCGAAUAUGUCCGACGUCUGGAAUUCCUAGAGAAACCUGACUAUCGAUACCUGAACAGUCUUUUGGACAAAGUUCUCUGCUACAAAAAAGAAUUUUGGAAUUAUAAAGAAACAGAUAGUGGAGAAAUCAAAGAAAGCACCGGACUUAUUGCGGUUUCUUUGUGGUAUAAACUUAUAUCCAUUCUCUGUCCUUUUUCCAUUGAAUAG